AUGCCCGUCUCCUCCAACUACCCUCCGGUGGACAUCCCCAAUGUUGACCUCUGGACCUUUCUUUUCGAGCGAAAUGACCGGCCCUUUCCAGAUGAUAAGAUCCUCUACCAGGAUGCCGAAACUCAGCGAUACUACACGUACAAGACGCUAAGAGACGCCUCUCUCGAAUUCGGAAAGGGUCUUAAGGCCAACUAUGACUGGCGCAAGGGCGAUGUCCUGGCCCUAUUCACACCAAACAGCAUCGACACCCCCGUACUGAUGUGGGGUACGCACUGGGCGGGUGGCAUCGUAUCCCCGGCCAACCCAGCCUACACAGCCGAGGAGCUGGCCUUCCAGCUGAAGAACUCCGGGGCCAAGGUCCUAGCGACGCAGGCCUCGGUGUUGCCCGUGGCCACAGAGGCCGCAAAGAAGGUCGGCAUCCCCACAGACCGCAUUAUUUUGCUGGGCGACCAGCGCGACCCGGAUGCCCGCUUCAAGCACUUCACCUCAGUCCUGAAUAUCUCUCGCGCGACUCGGUAUCGCAAGCAGAAAAUUGACCCGGAGACAGACGUGGCCUUCUUGGUGUAUUCCUCCGGGACCACGGGCGUGCCCAAGGGGGUGAUGCUGUCGCACCGCAAUAUCGUCGCCAAUAUCGCGCAGCAGGCGUGUGCUGAGGGUGCGAAUCUGAGCUGGGAUGGGGGUCCUGAUGGCAAGGGAGAUCGACUUCUCGCAUUCCUGCCAUUUUACCACAUCUACGGAUUGACUUGUCUGAUUACCCAGUCGCUCUACAAAGGGUACCAUCUCGUGGUGAUGUCCAAGUUCGACAUCGAGAGGUGGUGCGCGCAUGUACAGAACUACCGCGCAUCAUUCAGCUACGUCGUGCCUCCAGUGGUGCUCCUGCUGGGCAAGCACCCAGUUGUGGACAAGUACGAUCUGUCGAGUCUGCGCAUGAUGAACUCAGGAGCGGCGCCACUCACACAAGAGCUGGUGGAGGCGGUCUACUCGCGAAUCAAGGUCGGAAUCAAACAGGGCUACGGGCUCAGCGAGACCAGCCCAACCACGCACACGCAACAGUGGGGUGACUGGCGCGAGGCGAUCGGCUCCGUCGGCCGGCUAAUGCCCAACAUGGAAGCCAAGUACAUGACCAUGCCCGAGGACGGCUCCGACGCGCGCGAGGUCUCGGCCGGCGAGGUCGGCGAGCUGUAUGUGCGCGGGCCCAACGUCUUCAUGGGCUACCACCAGAACCCGGCGGCAACCAAAGAAUGUCUUUCGCCGGAUGGCUGGUUCCGCACUGGUGAUGUCGGCUACCAGGACGCCAAGGGCCAUUUCUAUAUCACGGACCGCGUCAAGGAGCUCAUCAAGUACAAGGGCUUCCAGGUUCCUCCGGCAGAGCUGGAGGGCCUGCUGGUGGAUAACGAAGCUAUUGAUGAUGUGGCGGUGAUUGGUGUCGAGAGCGAGGCCCAUGGCUCGGAAGUACCCUUGGCGUGUGUCGUAAGAAGCGCAAAGAGCAAGGCCUCGGGUGCGAGUGAGGAGGAUGAAGCGGCCAGCAUUAUCCGGUGGCUCGACAGCAAGGUUGCCCACCACAAGCGGCUGCGGGGUGGCGUGCACUUUGUGGAUCAAAUCCCCAAGAAUCCGAGUGGGAAGAUCUUGCGUCGUCUGCUGAAGCAGAAGUUCAAGGAGAUCAAAACGCCCAAGGCCAAAUUGUAG